AUGCAUACACAUUUAGUAGGUAAAAUGCCAUCAAAACUUCUUCAAUAUAUUCUUCUAUUUACUUUCAUUAUUUCCUUAAUCAGUCUCGUUGAGGGAUGCGGUUUUCCAAGUGGUGGGGGUGGAGGAGGUGGAUGUAGCUGUGGCGGUGGAGGAGGUGGUUGCGGGGGCGGUGGGGGUGGUUGUGGCGGAGGGGGUGGAUGUUGUGGACGUAAGAAGCGUGAGGCAGCUGUCCAGCCUCAUUACAAGACAGAUGACACACCAUGCCCACAAGCUGCAUGGAAACAAGUUAUAGAAGAGAGCAUCACAGACAAUGAUGCAAUAGCUUCAGUCAAUUCAAUCCAAACAGGCCUCUUCCGCCGUUAUGAUGACCAAAGAUUCCUCGUAGUCUGUGCAACAGCAAAUGAGGCCAAAACUGGGGAUGCUACAGCAAAUAAAGUACAUUUUAGCAGCAGCGGGGAUGGAUAUUGCAAUGUUGUUAAAAAUAAUGUUUGGUGCCAAGCAGUUGCUUUGAGUGCUUAA